AUGGAUGAUAAAUCUCCUUCAUUUUGCAGGUUAUGCAAUAUAGCACUUGCCAGCCCAGAUAUAUGGCGACAGCACGCUAGGAGCGAAUGGCAUAUAUAUAAUCUUCGUCUGCGAAUAGCGGAGCCUGGAAGCGUUAUAUCACCGCCGCAAUCAAGCACAAAAAAAACUCUUGGUACAAGGAAUAAUACCCCUUCUGAAAAUGAAACAGAUGAAAGUGAUGUAGAGUCUCCUGCGGCGCCGGAAUAUAACCCCGAACAAUGCCUAUUUUGCGGAGAGACAAAUGUUACCUUCGAUGACAACCUUUUCCACAUGUCGAAGGCACACAGUUUCAUCAUACCAUAUCAAGAUAACUUGAAAGUUGAUAUGAUGUCUCUCCUCAGGCAUUUGUACCAUGUCAUUUAUGCAUCUCGUCGGUGUAUUUUAUGUGCCACUCGCCGGAGGACAGUUCAAGGUGUCCAUCACCACAUGAUGGCCAAGGGCCACUGCCGAUUUGAUGUCUCCCCGGACAUUGCAGACUUCUACAUAGCUUCUAAGGCAAACAGCCGCAGAUUAAGCAACGAAGCAUCCGAAAUCAGUUCGUUACUGUGGCUACCAUCAGGCAGAGCUCGAGGCCGUCGUACUCGGCCAGCUAAAUAUCGUCGCACAUCGGAACACAAGGAACCUACGCCCUUACCACUGUCAAAUGGGAUGAAUGGACAAGAAAAUACUACAACAGAAGAUGACGAUGCUGCGUCUGCUUCAUACACCCAGCUAUUACGACUUAGUCGAGGAGACCAGCAAGGCCUCGCACAUCUGUCUAACCCCGAAGUCCGAUCAUUGCUUGCCAUUAGAGCCAAGCACACAGACCAGUCAAGGCGAGAAGAGACGCAUGCUAAACUCAAGCUUGAGAAAGCUGGAAACAUAACCUUGACAGCUCACUUUCGGGCGGAUACCUCUAAGCGCUUCAGAGGCCCCUGGGGAUAA